CUUGAGGUACCUAGGAGUCUAGGACUAUGAAGCACAGGCAUUGUGGAGCUCCAUGAAGAAAUAGGAAACUUGAAAUUUCUACAAAUACUGGAUAUACAGGAAAAUCAAAUUGCUUGCUUGCCAUCAAAUGUAGUUCAGCUCAAACAUUUGAUGUGCCUGAAGAUUGAAGGUUCAACGAGGGUGUCAAAUAGUAUAGGGAGCCUAACAAGCCUGGAAGUGCUGUCACAUAUACGCGUUGAUGACUCCAAUAUCCACAUUCUAGAAGAGUUGGGUCAGCUAACAGAACUGAGGGUACUGGAGAUUACUUUGGAUGAAUGGAACGACAAGCUGGUUGAGUGCCUACCAAAGCUGCAAAACAUCCAAGACCUUUAUUUCUGGGUCCCGCAGCAUCAAAAGAACAUCGGUGGAUUGGAUGCCUGGGUCGCCCCUCGAUGUCUCCGUAGAUUGCGUAUACAGUCGGUCUGCUGGUUCUCAACGCUGCCAGAGUGGAUGAAUCCAUCACAUGUGCCGUGCCUCUCCAUCCUAUCCAUCGCCGUAAGGGAGGUACAGCAGCGUGAUCUCGACAUACUUGGGAACUUACAUGCUCUCCGUCAACUAAAUCUGGUUGUGGGCCAUGAUGAACUCGGAAUCUUUGGGGGAUUUGUCAUUGGUGCUGGUUCGUUCCCAUGCCUAAGAUACUGCGACUUCCGUGGAUUUGUGGGACCCAUAGUGUUUCAGCAGGGAGCUAUGCCAAGGCUCAGAACCCUUUGCUCUGGGUUCUUUGUGCGGGAGGCCAUUGAAAUCGGCAGCAGCGACGGUGUUGUUGGUCUCGAUUUUGGCCUGGGUAUCUUGCCAUCCCUCCAGUAUAUCUUUUUUUUGUUGGACUCUGAAGGCGCUAGUGAGGAGGAGGUGAAGAAAUUGAAGGCUAAGCUGUGGCAUGCCAGUAAAAUUCAUCCCAAUCGUCCCAGGCUUUUAAUAGACGGAUGCUCUGAAGACCAAGUUUCAGAUGAAUGAAUGAUGUCCCAGAGAAAAGAUAUCUGUUCCUCUACAUGCAACCGCAGCCCAUCAUAAUUCACCAAGCACAUUGAGAGUUGGGCUCACAAUUCACAAAUCUACAGUCGGUGGCCUGGAGACCAGGAAACAAUAGAUUGAACACAAGGUUAUUCCGGUGAGGAAGAGUUGGGACCAGAGCUCGCUAACAUUGUUUGUUGGAACCGGAACUUGUUGGCACCAAUUUGUGGUUACUUUCCACAGGUCACAGGAUGCCUAAAAGUUCGCAGGGUCUGUUUACGUUCCUGUUGAGUGCAAUUGGUAUGGAUACUUCUUUUUAUUUAUUUAUUUAUUUAUCUAUCAUAAUUUGUAUGGAUACUCGAAGCUGUCAAAAAGCAAAUUCAUUUGCAUAGCUUUCAGUACAUUGAACCGAUUCCACAUUAUGUAUGGUCACUUGGAUCUUCAGGAGUCUA